AUGACAACUUCAAGGCGGUUUGUAGAUCGGAAGGUGGAGAGGUUUGAAGAGAACAUCUCGAAGAGAGGAGGAGGAGGAGUGCCUAAAGCCAUUACAAAGAAAGGGAAUAACUAUCCGGUUGGGCCAUUAGUGCUUGGGUUCUUCCUCUUUGUUGUCAUUGGAUCUUCUUUAUUUCAGAUUAUCCGAAGGGCAGCUAGUGGUGGCAUGGCAUGGCAUGAACAUAUAUUUAUUUAUUUAUAUAUUGCUCGCCAUGGCUUCAACAUAGUCUCAUGA